AUGAAGAUAUCGCAAGAUACAAUAAGCAAACUACAGCUGGACGCUUCUUGUAUUAGGAACAUUUGUAUCCUUGCCCACGUCGAUCAUGGUAAAACAUCACUAAGUGACUCAUUGUUGGCAACAAAUGGAAUCAUCUCACAACGUAUGGCAGGAAAGAUACGAUACUUGGAUUCGAGAGAAGAUGAACAACUCAGAGGAAUCACAAUGGAGGCAUCUGCCAUUUCCUUGUACUUUCGAAUUAUGAGAAGACAAAAGGGAGAUGAAGAAAAGAUUGAUGUCAAAGAGCAUUUGAUCAACUUGAUUGAUUCACCUGGCCAUAUUGAUUUCUCGUCAGAGGUGAGCACGUCGUCAAGAUUAUGCGAUGGAGCUGUAGUCUUGGUUGAUGCAGUUGAAGGUGUCUGCUCGCAAACUAUAAAUGUGUUGCGUCAAUGUUGGAUUGAUAAAUUAAAGCCCAUAUUGGUCAUCAACAAAUUGGAUCGACUAAUCACUGAGUGGAAGCUUAGUCCGCUAGAAGCAUAUCAACAUAUAUCAAGAGUAAUUGAGCAAGUAAACUCGGUGAUAGGCUCAUUCUAUGCGGGAGAUCGACUCGAAGACGAUUUAAAUUGGCGUGAGGCGGGUGAAGUUGGAGAAUUCAUUGAGAAAGAUGAUGAAAAUUUGUACUUUGUCCCUGAAAAAAACAAUGUCGUAUUUGCAUCUGCAAUAGAUGGAUGGGCUUUUACCGUCAAGACUUUUGCUGAGAUUUAUCUGAAGAAGUUAGGCUUUUCGCAAAAUGCAUUAGCAAAGACUCUUUGGGGUGAUUUCUAUUUGGAUAUGAAGAACAAAAAGAUUGCUUCUGGGAAAAAGCUAAAAGGAGGAAACCCGAAACCCUUGUUUGUGUCUUUGAUUUUGGAUCAGAUUUGGGCUGUUUACGAAAAUUGCUUAAUCGAGAGGAAUCAAGAGAAGCUUGAAAAGAUUAUUGAAAAAUUGGGGGCCAAGAUCUCGCCACGAGAUAUGAGAUCCAAAGAUUUGAAAAACUUGUUAAACCAGAUCAUGUCUCAGUGGAUACCUUUGAGUCAUGCCGUGUUAGGAACAGUCAUUGAUAAUUUGCCUAGUCCAGUCGAAGCACAGCUGGAGAGGAUAGACAAGAUUUUAGAAGAAACUAUUUACAGCGCAGUUGAAGGUGAAUUGGACAAGAGCAAACUUGUCGAUCCAGAGCUCGUAAAAGCCAUGCGUGAAUGUGAUAGCUCUCAUGCGGACACGCACACUAUGGCGUAUGUUUCAAAGUUAAUUUCGGUACCUAAUGAAGAGCUCCCAAAAGAGACAGAAAGAGGUGCGGACGUGUCGGCAGAAGAGCUAAGAGAGAGGGCAAAAAUUGCAAGAGAAUUAGCAAAAAAGGCAUCAGAAGCCGCUGCCGUUGCUCAAGAAAACAGAGCUAAUGACGAGUACACAAUAAAGCCGAAAAAGGAUCCAUUUGAUUGGGAGUUUGAAGAGGAAGAUUUCGAGCAGGAGGGUGAUGAGGAAGAAAUGGCAAACUCAAAUGAGACUUUGAUUGGUUUCACUCGUGUUUACUCUGGUACCUUGUCAAAGGGCCAGAAAUUAACUGUGGUAGGACCAAAGUACGAUCCGUCACUACCAAGAGAUCAUGAGAAGAAUGUUGAUCAAUGUGUAGACGAUGUCGAGAUAAAGGAUUUGUUUUUAAUUAUGGGAAGAGAGUUGGUGAGAAUGGACCACGUCCCAGCUGGUAAUAUCGUUGGCGUGGUUGGGUUAGAUAAUGCUGUUCUCAAGAAUGCCACCUUGUGUUCUCAAAUCCCCGAUGACAAGCCAUACAUCAAUUUCUCCUCCACGUCAACCUUGAUCCAUAAUAAACCAAUCAUGAGGAUAACUGUUGAACCAACAAACCCAAUGAAGUUGGCAAAGUUGGAACACGGUUUAGAUUUACUUGCCAAAGCUGAUCCUGUUUUAGAGUGGUAUAUUGAUGACGAGUCUGGGGAAUUGAUUGUUUGUGUGUCAGGGGAGCUUCAUUUAGAAAGAUGUUUGAAAGAUUUGGAGGAGAGGUUUGCAAAAGGUUGUGAAGUUUCUAUCAAGGAGCCGGUCAUACCAUUUAGAGAAUCAUUGGCUGACGAUGUGGUGAACAAAGAAAGAGCUGGGGACCAAGUUGACGAAGAGCAAGAAGAAGACAAUGAACUUGUGAGCCUUGAAUUUGAUGUUUCUCCAUUACCUAACGAAAUCACACAAUUCUUGAUUAGUAGCGAAGGUUUACUCAAUGAAAUUGCGAAAAAUAAAGGCCAUAGCCUGGAGGUUAAGAGUUUAUUGUGCGAAAAAUUGAUUUCAGUAGUCAAUCAAGAACAGGCAUUCGUUGGAUUUGAGAACGCCAAAUCAUUUGUUGAUCACAUAGUAGCAUUUGGCCCCAAGAGAGUUGGUCCCAACAUUCUUUUGGAUAAAACAAACAAGUUGAAGCAUUUAUUUGCUGCAGAAACCCCUAUCGAAGCAUUUCCAUAUGAAAACAAUAUAUUAAAUGGUGCUCAAUUAGCACUUAAUGAGGGUCCUUUAGCGGCUGAGCCCAUGCAAGGUGUGAUUGUCAUUUUGAAGAGAGCUGUGAUCAACGAUGUCGACGAGGACAAGGUUUUGAUCAAUCGCGGGAAAAUCAUUAACCAGACAAAAGCAUUGAUUCACAAACAGUUUUUAUCAAAGUCGCCGCGUUUGCUUCUUGCAAUGUAUACAUGUGAAAUCCAAGCUGCCGCUGAGGUUUUGGGUAAAGUUUAUGCAGUUGUACAAAAACGUGAAGGGUCCAUCAUCUCGGAGGAAAUGAAAGAAGGAACUCCAUUUUUCACAGUUGUUGCAAGAAUACCCGUCAUUCAAGCUUUUGGUUUUAGUGAGGAUAUUAGGAAGAAAACCUCAGGUGCCGCUAGUCCGCAACUAGUUUUUGAUGGAUAUGAUGUUCUUGACAUUGAUCCAUUUUGGGUGCCUCAUACCGAGGAAGAGUUGGAAGAAUUGGGUGAAUAUGCAGAGAGAGAAAAUGUUGCAAGAAGAUACAUGAAUAACAUUAGGAGAAGGAAAGGUUUAUUUAUCGAUGAAAAAGUCGUCAAGAAUGCUGAAAAGCAAAGGACUUUGAAAAAGGAUUAG